UCCAGUCGGUAUGCUUGAAGCGAUAUUUCCCAACAAAAAAAAAAACAACAACAAAACGAUCCAUAGGUACACUUCGUGUUUAUUAAAUAUUUUCGUCCCAUCGGGGGAUAUUUCAAUCUUCGUCUAUCUAGUUUCUGAGAAACCUUUUGUUCGCUUCACUCCACGUUAGAAAUCAGAUUCUGUUCGGAAAUCGAAGCUUGUUUACAUUUUGUCGCGUACAGGGGUGCGUAUGACGUCAUUUUACGUACGUGCGAACUGACUUUCGGCGUAAAUAUCCACGCAGCCCUUUGUUAUCUGUUUUUAUUAUGUCCAUUUCCAAGCGUUUUUAACCUCCGUUGGGAACUUAUAUCAGUAAAUGGUGGAUCUUUCUUUAAGUACCGUGCCGGUAUCUGCUUUAUUUUACUGCAUUGGAUCAGGAACUUGAGAAUUUGGGACACAAGCAUACAUACAACAAGAUGGAUUUUCAUAGUCCAACAUAUGAACAUUUUGACACAGCAAAUGCUAAUCCAGAAGAUUUCCACAGUGAGGAAUAUAUGGAAUAUAGAAGGAGGGUGUUUCAAGAACUUGCAUCUGAAUAUGAUAAAUAUGGGAACACUGACAAACAACAACCAUCAGAGUCGAAAUUAAUAUCUAAUAUCCCAAGAGAAUAUACUCUAUCAGACAUACAAUACCCACUGUCUCCCACACAGGAUUACAGUUACUCGAACAGUCUGCAUUCUGUCUCAGACUUUCAUGAAGAUGAUCCGUUGGUAUCAUUUGGCGAUUUGUCGCCAUCACAACAGCCUGUGUGGGACGACUCAGAUUUACAACCUGAACAAAUUUUGCCAUCACCAUCUUUAAAAAAGACAUCAGAAAUCACCUCGAGUGACCAAAGGACUAAUUUAAUUUCCUUUUCGAAAGACAAUAAUCCAAACGAUAAAAUGUCUCUAUUGCAUAAUGAAGAGAAUAGCUGGUACAAAAACACUUCUGAAGAAGACCAUAGAAAUAAUGAGGAUAUAAUUCCUUCAAUGCAUUGGACUGAACUGGAAAAGCAAUUGGAAGUUUUGACAAAACAUCAUGAGGAACAAACAAAUUUGAAGCAUCAAAGCCCUGAAAUACAUAGAACAUUCUCACCUCCACCAAAAAGAAGAUCAAGGAGUAACUUGCAGAAACAAAAGAAUGACAGAGAAGCGAUGCUGCAGAAGUUAUCAAAAGGUGAUCCAGACAUUGAUAGUGUUCCAUUUGGAUCUGAUAAACCAUGGUAUCAACCAAGGUUGGAAAGAUCCUAUUCUGGAAACAACCAAAAUCUACAAAUCUGCUACAUAAAUAACUCAUGCUCAUCCUCCGACAGUGAGGAAGCUGGUACUGAUUCUAAGACCUCACCAUCAUCAAUGGGAAAAUCCUCUACUUCUUCCCCUGUCCUAUCAUCACCCGGUUUUGGCACAAGAAGGAAUCUUCCCUCUUAUCGUAUGUCUUCCUCAUCCUCCACUGUCUCUCUCUCAUCUACAUCAUCUGCCGGACAUCACAAUUCAUCCUCAUCUCUACCUGGUGAUGGAGAAAUUAUCAAUAUUAGACCAAGCAUAAACACAGAUGACAUUCCAAAACCCAAAACUAAGCAGGAACAACUUGAAUUGCAAGCAAGGAUAGCAAUCACUCAAGCCCACCAAGAAGCCAGAAGACUGGCAGCAGAAGAAAGGCGGAGGAAUAGAAAGGGAAGCAAUGCAUCCACUGAUAGACUGCUUAAUGUUCCACUUGAUGAUGCAACAAGAUUAAAAGUGAAGACAAGAUCUUUAUCUCGUGACGAUUGCCACAAUAUGACGGAUGGCCAACUCCAAGUCAUAUUAAAUAAUAUGCAUGCUGAGAAAGAAGCAUUGAAUGAUGAGUUGAAAGUCAUAUUGGAGCUUAGAGAUGACCUUCGAACAGAACAAGAUGCCAAACUGAUUGAUGUUGAUGAUUACAAAGCAAUGCUGUCUGCCACAGGUCCUGAAACCACAGUGUGAUGUGAAAUGUGGGACACACACAAAUUAUGAAACUCUGUGUCAUACUGGGUCGAGUUAUCUGGAAAUCUUGUAAAUUAUGAAAAAGAGAAUCCCCUGGUAUACAAGUUAUUUUUCAUCAGACUCGUACCUCUAUGAAGCGAUGUGCAUUAUUUUUAACACAUUUUUUUCAUUUUUGCACUUGUA